AUGGCUAGCCCGCCCAAGAGAUUUGGAAUGGUACUGUUCGAUGGCUUCCAGCUCAUCGACGUUGCUGGGCCGGUUGAUGUCCUGAAUGUUCUCUCAACCCGCGUCGAGGGAAUAAGCCUCUCCCUUAUUGCUGAGGAUCUCUCACCUAAGUCGACCCUCCCGAAGGUAUGGCCUGCCAACAUGGGAAUGGCGCAAUUCACCACUUCCCAAACCUUGCAGCCAACCCAUACUUUCGAUACAGCACCCGAACUUGACGUCCUCAUUAUUCCGGGAGGUAUGGGCUCCUUUGAUCCGGAAAGGCCUGGAAAACCGAAUGCAGCAGUGGUCCAACCCAUCGUCAAAUUCGCCUUGGCUCGAUUCCCAGAACUUCAAUAUAUACUCACCGUCUGCACAGGUUCCGGCAUACUGUCUCAAAGCGGUCUUCUUGACGGUAAGAAGGCAACAUUGUUUAAGGGAGCAUGGGAUGUGAUCCCACAUUGGCGGCCAGAGGUUCACUGGCAGCCAAGGGCCAGGUGGACAGAGGACGGGAAAGUGUGGACGUCUUCAGGAGUUGCUUCGGGGAUUGACUUGAUAUUUGCCUUCGUGAAGCAUAUUCAUGGGGAGGAAAUUGCCAAAGACAUUUCAAUCUGGAUGGAAUACAACAGACACCACGAUCGUCACAAUGAUCCCUUUGGAAUUGAUGUCUAA